CGGGGCGGGGCGGGGCUGGUCGGAUCUCUUGAGCCGGUUUGACGGAAGAAGCGGCGCGGCAGCGGUGGCUGCGGCGGCGGAGGAGGAUGGAGGCGGUGGUGUUCGUCUUCUCUCUCCUCGACUGUUGCGCGCUCAUCUUCCUUUCGGUGUACUUCAUAAUUACAUUGUCUGAUUUAGAAUGUGAUUACAUUAAUGCUAGAUCAUGUUGCUCAAAAUUAAACAAGUGGGUAAUUCCAGAAUUGGUUGGCCAUACUCUUGUCACUGUACUAAUGCUCAUCUCAUUGCACUGGUUCAUCUUCCUUCUCAACUUGCCUGUUGCUGCCUGGAAUAUAUAUCGGUACAUUAUGGUGCCAAGUGGUAACAUGGGAGUAUUUGAUCCAACAGAAAUACACAACCGAGGGCAGCUGAAGUCACACAUGAAAGAAGCCAUGAUCAAACUUGGCUUCCACCUGCUCUGUUUCUUCAUGUAUCUCUACAGCUUGCAGUCUUAACUGAUGUCCUUUACGUCAGAGAAGUCAGAAGUAAUGGAGCAACAUAAUCAAAGUCUACCGUCGGUUUUCGAGGCAGUCACAUUAUGGAAUGUUCUAAGACAUGCUAGGUUAGGAAAGGAAACAGCUGUAUUUGGUGCACUUGAGACUUGUGAACUUUACUCACAAGUAAUAUUUUGUCAGUAAUUGUGAUAAGAAUUAUUAUGUACUAGGUAUAAUUAUUCUCAAAUGUAAAUAAAAUUGUUCUAAUAUAUGGGAACAGGCAGCAAGACCGAGAAAGGAAAUCUGAAAUUCUAUGCUUAUUAUCUAGAUUGGUGCCACCUGAAUGUAUGUACUUUAGGCCAGAUUUACUAUUUUGCAAUGUAGUGUAACAAAGCUUGAGAGUCUUGGUGUAGUGACACUCCAGUGAGUAAGGUCAUUCAGAGAAGGGGCUGUUACGCCUUUGUGAGAACUUGUCAGUGAAGCCUUUUGGUUUUAAGCCAUAUUUACCAUGAAAAUUCUAAGAUAGUAGUCAAACUGUUUUGCUCUAAAUAUAGUCUGAGGACUGAGGGGCAUUCAAAGCCUUAGGGGUUAGCAUUGUGAACUUCAGUAACCACAGUAAUAAUUACCUUUAGGACAUAGAUGUUAAAGGGACUGAUCACUAAGUUGGUACUGAGCUCAAAUUCUCUUCAGAAUAAAUUCUUUGAUAAAA